AUGACUUCUGAAAUAGAUGCUAUAGGAACAAACGAAUUUUUACGUCGUCGAAAACUAAGACUUCAACAGGUUAGAGAACAAUCGAAAGACAUAGCUAAGAAAAUCAGACAACGCGCUAGUGAAGAAAAGUUGCGGCAUGCGGUAGAUAGUAAAUCGAAGAAAGAAAAAGAAUAUUUUGAGUGUCAAGAGAAAUUAGUGAAGCGUUUAGAACUAUUAUAUGCGAAAGGAUUAAAGAAUGUUGGAACUGGUCAUAAAAAUGCUCUAGAAGUUACAAGUCAAGAAGCAGUAGAGAAAGUAGAUCUAUCAAAAAACAGAGGCAGGGAAGCAGUUGCUGAAUUAAGGAGAAAGAAACAAGAAAAGUUAGAUGAACAAAAGAAAAUAUUGGAUAGAAAACUACAAGCACGAGAGGUAGCAAAUGAAAUUAGUCGGGAAAAGUCUACUAGUGUGAAGAAUUCAUUAGCAAAAAAUACAAAAAAGUCUGACUCUGAGCAAGAAAAAGCAGUAAAUGACAUUGAAAAAAGCAAUCAACCUGAAACAAUUCCAGUUAAGGACAAUGCUGAAAAUUCGGAGGCAGUAAAAAAUGAUAUGGGAACACAAUGGCAGAGUGAAGACCUUCCAAAUGAGUGGGAAACUGUGCCAGCCCUGUCUUUGCCAAAGGAAGACAGUGUAAAAGACUUGAUUGAUAAAACAAAUAAGAGCAAACGACCUAAUUUAUUUGCAUUAAGCGAUGAAAUGCCCUCCAGUCUAAGAGGCGGCCUCUCAAGCGUGACUGAAGAACCGGCUCCUUUAAAACCGUCACUGACUUUGAUAACAGAUUAUUUGCAAAAUAGGAACUUGCGUUUACGACAACCUGAACCGAGUUGUAGUAGGAAGUCAAAUGAGGAUUUACAAAGUAUUAGGCAAACAAUUCUUCGAACAAGGGCUUCCAGAACAAACGGUAGUGUAUUGGAUAGUGUUUGUCGUGUUCUCGAUGACCAAGUAAUUCCGGUACCAUCCUGGCAAGCCGGCGAUAAUAUUAAUUUAAAUGUUCCUAAACAUAAUCACCAUUGCCCUAAGUCUUCAAGAAUAUGUACUAAUGUCCCGACUACCCCGAGAACGCUGCAUCGUCAGAUACAUUUAUGUCCCCAGUUUAGGAACUUAGGUUUGUCCAAAAAGAUCAAAGGUCAUGCAAAUUGUGGACAGGCAGUUGCUAAAGACAAAUCUGCAAGAUCAACCAAACCUGAUUUAUCGAUUGGCCAUAAAAAAUCUGUAUCAGUAUACAAUCAUAACACAAGAGACAUUCAAAAUGUACCUUGCAAUGAUGAUGAAUUGGUUGUUAGAGAUAGUAGGACCGCUGACGAUGCCUACACUCAGGCUUAUAAAGAAACUUCCAUAGUACACAAUAUAGAAAACAAUGAACUUAAUAAAAAACAUCAAGACAUGAGGAACAAAGUUGCUAUAACAAGACAAAAUGUUGAUAAAGAGUAUAGAGAUACAUUAGCAUUUUUGAAUUCAUUACCAAAAGAUAUGAGUUCUAGACCAAUUAGAACAGCUUAUAUGGAUGACGAACAACAGCUAUCCCAAAAUAACAGACAUCAAAGAAAAAUUCAAGAUGAGUUCAAGAAAAUUGAGAAGGAAUGCUAUAAACACAGCUGUAAGCAUUCAAAGAGAAAACCAAACACUUCCGAAUGUAGAAGUAAAUCUAAAUCACCUAUCACCAGAAGAAAAGAUUUUGAAUACUCUUGGAUGCCGGUACCAGAAAGUGAUAGAAGUCUUGCCAUCCACAACAUACCGAAUAAAAACAAAUCUGGCAACACUGUGAAGUUUGGUCAAGACAGCUAUCAUGAAUAUAGAUCAAGACACAAACAUACACCACCCACUAAAGACACAGAUAAAAGAAUGAUAGAAACUGUUAUAGUACAAAAUAGUUUAUCAAACGAGUCAUCUAUUACCUCUGAAAGCAGUUCCGUAGAAGAUGUGAGCCUCGAGAGAAGCAAGGAAGGGACAAAAUUGAAAGAUGCAGAAAAAAUUAUCAUAUACAAAAUAUUAAAGUCGAAAAAGGAUAAGAAAUGCAAACAUAAAAAGACAGAACCUAAAUUGCAAUCAGAUUGCGAUGUAAAUGUUACCGUUGGACAGAAAGUUGAUGGAAAAUUAGCAUCGCAAAAUGUUGGUACUUCAGCCAAUAGUAUUCAAAGAGGGGUGUACAAAGCUACUAAAAAUAAUGGGGACAACGUAACAUCCCUUUACUACACAGAGGAACAGCAAGAUGCUGACAACGCCAGUAAAAGUCUGCAGAAAGACAAAACCGAUCAGUCGUGUUGUGCUAAAAAUUCAAAUGGAACGCAUCUAGAUAAAGAUCUACAGCAAGAGGAAGAAGCCAUUCAAGAUCGGUCAGAAAAAAGACGCGUCUGUAAAUGUGAUAGUAAAAUAAGCGGUGAUAGUGGACCGGUUCAGCCUUCAGCCGCCACAUCGACCUCAUCAUUCAAAACAGCUACCAAUGAUAAAGGAAAUAGCGCCGAAACGGGAUUCAUAAAAUUUCUCGACGAAGGCGGUCAAGAAACUGGCAAAUUCUACAUCGGUGCCUCCGGUUUCAUCAAAGACGACGACUACGAAGUAGUUAUACAACUGAGAAAGAAAGAUGGAGAGAGAAUUAAAAAUAAACCCCUAGUUAACGAAGAACAUACUCAAUUAGAUAAAGUGUCGAAAAGCACUCUCACUGAACAAGAAAAAGCUCCUUUGCAACAGAAAUGCGAUGAAGAAUUAUUAAUCACUGAAUGUAAUCUCGAACCGAAAGAAAGUCAAGAAGGCAACGAAAUAAAAGAAGCGGAAAAAUGCCCUAUGGAAGUUGAAGAUAAUUCGCCGAAAAUUAUUCCAAGCACCUGUGAGAAGGCGGUGCUAACGAGUUUCCAAGAUUCUUACGCUAUACCCGAUGAAGUGCCUAAAACAGAUCCUGUGGUACGUGAAGCAACAUCUACGUACACACAGACUUCAUUCAAUUCACCUGUUCAAAGGCCAAUUUUCAUGCACAUGAGUUCAUCGACCUCGACAGCGUAUAUGAGUCCGCCGGAUUUGAUUCUACCGAAAUUCUUAAAAAAAGAUUACGUGUUUACAUACGAUACAUUCGACUCAGAAAACACUAUACCAGCUGUACACAGACAUAAGUCUAAAACACAACACGUUAAACAAUAUCACUGUAAUAAAAAAUGCGUUUGCAAGCGAUGUGUAUGUAAGGCAGCAAUGAAUUAUGACUUGAGAAAUGUUAAUAUAACGAAGACACCUCCUAACACAGCCAGGAGUUCAUACAAAUGCUUGUCUUCCCGCGAAAAAAUACACAAUGAAUGCAAAAAGCCUAAAUGUCGCAAGUGCAUAAGCCGCAGUAGCGGUAGCAAACAUUCGAUAUGUCAUAAAUCCAGUAGAAGAAGUGACCAGUCUCUUAGUAAAAAAACUCAUAAAAAUAUAACAAGCAGUGACAAUAUAUCUACACCACAUACCCCAAACAGAAUAAAUAUUAAGCCGAAGCCAAAAAAUGCCAAAAUUAACCCUGUCGUGAAGAAAUAUGUGAAUGAACUUCUGUCUCUAAACAAACAAGGUCUCAAAGCUAUUGAAAUCAUAAAUGAAGAUUGUAGUUCUGUGCCAACACCUGGCAGUUCCAUUAUAAACGACACUUGUAAUGCAGGUAGAGACGGAAAACUAACUACUAAAAUAUCUCUCGAAGAAAUCAAAAAUAUGUUACAGCAAAAGAUACUUAAAGAUUUGUCCAAUUCCAAUACAAUUGGUGAUACGAAUAAACUCAAAUGCAUGGAGAGUCAGACUAGAAAAUCAUUUAUUAUACCCAAAAAGAAGUUGCAUAAAGUAAAAUCUCUAAACAUCUCCAAGCGCUUUCAAAAUAAAAGUAAAAAUUUAUCGAAAGAUAAUUUACAAAGAAGAAAGUCUGAAUCUUCUUCCUCCUCCACGAGAGUUUUACCCGAAGAUGUGGAAGUUGCGAAGAGUAGAAGCAAGAGUUCACCAACUCCACGACCUUCAAAAACUUCUGAGUAUAAUAAUAAUACUAGCUCAGACAUAGGUGAUACAAUUGAUUCAAGAAUCCCUAAAGGAUCGGCGCAUAGCCUUAAAACUAAACAAUCCCGAGGACGAUCUUCAGUGAAAAUGGCUCAGAGUUCACGAUUUCCGCCAAACAAUGACUUCGUCAUGCCAAUUCACAGAGCUGUUACUACGUCUAUGUCUUCCGAGUCAGGCCUUAAUAGCUUCCUCUUCAAUAACAUUGGUCGAACACAAGCACCAGCGACUACAUGCACCCAAACAAGUGAAAUUAUCGAUAGUGACGCUAAUUUUAUGCAAGUGGCAGAAAACAAGUUACAGAAUAUGGAAAAAAUAGCAGACCUGACAGAAAAAUGUACGAAACGCUUGUCCAAUUUGGCGAGAGUUUUAGAAGAGGUGCGCAGAAAUAAAACUUCCAUAUACAGCCAAAUAUCGACCUCAGACUCCGCAUCCGAAACUGAUAACAGAAGUGGCAAACAUAAAACGGGUCCAGUAGCCGUGUGUCAAUCUGAUCCUAAUAUAUUAAUUCAAAAUAAGACGAAUCCGACCCCUUCUCCUUCAACGACACCAAAACCAGAGGAUAAACCAGCGAGUGAAAUCGAUCACAUACAAUUUACACCUUUCUUAAAAGACAUUCCGAGACCUGAUGUUUUUAAAUCGCCAUCGAAUACAUCCUUAUCGGUUUGUAGUGAAAAGUCAGUACUAGGUUCUCAGCCAGCGGUUCCCGUGGAACAUAUUACAAUGAAAUGUAGGGGUCGACCACCUCCAGCCCUAAACAGAGUCAACUUAAAGCAUGCCCAAGACGCUUUGAUAACGCCACAUGAACUAUCAACAGUUGUCGAAGUUGAUUCACCAAUGAGCUUAAAAACGAAAAACCAGUCAUAUCAGGACGCUCGCGUAGAUGUUUCAAAUAUAUCCAGUGGAACAGAUAAUAUUGUAGCCCAAGACAAUCUUCACGUUACAGCAGAAGUACGAGCGGUGAAGGAAAGCCCUUUAAAUCCUGAUUUACUACAAAAUAACAAGACUUUAUCUAAAAAACUAUCAAAAAUUUCAUCCAACGAUUCCUCUGACGAUUCCAAGAUGCGUAUGAUGGACAUGAAACAGUUCAAUGAUAUAAUGCUAAAACCGUUUAUAAGCCUGCAAGAAUACGCUAAGCAGUGUAAUAUUGGUCUCGACGAAGGCUCCAACAAUGAAGAGAUAUUUAAAGAGGAUCCAGGAAACGACGAAUUGAGCUCCUUACAUUCAGAUGGCAGUCUGCCCGAUGUUAUUGCAGAGUUAUUAAAACGAAAGGUAAUCGCUGAACCUUUUCAGUUCGACUCCGCUUCCAAUAUUAAUUCGACCACACUAUCCUCUGAAUCGACGAUUUCUAUGCUUGCUUUAUCCAAAGUGAGGAAAGGAAAAGAUAAAAGUAUGCUCAUGAGAAAUAAAGAGAACAUUGCUGAAACUUCUGAAACUUUAAGUAUAUCAUCCAAUCCUGAUUUAGAAAAGGCGUUUCAGAAACUCGGUAUGGGUUGGGCUUCGUCGACUUUAAAGAAAACUAAAGAGAGAUUGGCAUUGUCGUCUUCUUCGAGUGCCUCAAGUUCCAGCUUGUCGCAGUUCAAGAUAAAAAGUUUUAGUCAAAAUGUCCCAACUCUAGGCACUGAUUCCACUUCAUCAUUGGCCGAUACCUCAAAUAAUAACGGCCAUAGGAAAUCACCAACUAGACCUACCGAAAACUCUAAAAACGCUGUACAGCAGACAUCACUGACGAACUCUAUGACUGUAAAAGAAUUUCUAACAAACGAACUAGCAAAGAAGAUUACAUUCAAGAGCAAAACUAAUAGAAAAGAAGCCGAUGAGGAAUUCGUGUCGUUAUACGAAACGAAAAUGCCGGAGGAAUUGAAGAAUACGCAAAUCUCUAGGGACGAUGAAGAAUCUAGCGUGACGAGUGCUAAUAACAACAGGGCGCGGACUUCAACUCCCGUGCAAAUCUUCAAGUCCACUACAUACCGCUCCUCAUCCAGUUCAAACACCUCGAACGGCCUGUUCAGCAACGCUGAUGAUUUAUCCUCCGUCAAAGGGACUUCGAACUCUGUUCGCAAUCAUUCCACGUCCGACAGGGACGACCUCACGAUUCCCAACUGCAGCCUCAAGACGAAGAAGGAAUUUAGCAGCAGCAAAAGCGACUAA